GCGAACCUUAACGAACCCUAUUAACAGAAGCAAAGACUCUCUCCCUUCCUCAGUUCUCGUCGUUCACUCUCCCAAAAGGUUGUAUCGUACAAUCAGCAAAAAUGUAUCUUCAGUUUUACAUCAACGAGGAAGGUAACAAAGUCUAUACUACUAAGAAAGAAUCACCACUGGGGUUGGCUACACAGUCUGCUCAUCCUGCCCGCUUUUCACCGGAUGACAAGCACUCAAGGCAGAGAUAUCUUUUGAAGAAGCGGUUCGCAUUGUUGCCGACCCAACAGGCCCCUCAGAAGUAUUGAAAUGCCUUUGGUAUAAAAAGUUGUAAUCUGUUAUUUUAAUGUGGUAGUGUCUUAGUUUUGGUCUUUCUUAGUUGAUUUUGCACUAUAUAUUUUUCAAUGGAGACUACUGAAUGUCUUGUAUUGGGAUGGUUGAGACUCCUAGAAACAACCCAUGAAAUAUAAUUAUUAAGUUGUUUAUAA